UUGGGGGCGGUGCUGGACGCACCGAGCGGCUGAGGCGGUGCGGAUUUCGCUGCAGGCUGUGACUGGCGUCUGUGGGUUUCCUCUUCUCCAACCGCUGCGAAGUUGCACUGUUUGUACUCGGUGACGCGCGUGGGAAUUAUUGGUGGGGCCGAGAGUUUCCGAGCGAAUGCGACACUCGAAGGAGAGAUGAUCGCUCAUACAUUGUUAUUAUUGUGGCAGGUGGAUCGAAGUUCCCAUUUCGUAUUCCUCUCAGGCUUUUAAACCAAUUGCCCAUUCCAAGUCUGGCUUGCCUUCCUCAAAACAACUUAGUGGAGCUACCCUUUUGCGUCAGGUUUCCUACGUCCCGUCUAGUGUGUUUACUAUUAUAGGAAGGAAAGUCUGCUGAAUGGCACAUAGAAUUUCUUGUUUACAGGAAGGCGAAGGUGAAUCAGAGCUCAGAGGGUCUCAUCCCUGGGCAUGGCUCCCAUGGAGACCGUGGAAAGUGCAGGUGGUCCCCCUUAUGGAAGGAGUACCUGUUGUUCACCUGUGAUGGCAUCUUAGACUAAGAAAUUGGGCUGUUAUAUGGAGGCGUCCAGUAAAGGCUAAAUUAGAGGUGGGGUGCGGAGCGCAAUGUGCCCCACUUCGAGAAAUAAAAAUCUGAGGUGGGUCUCCAAGUACUAAUUUUCAUGGAGUCAAAAACCAUUUCUGAGUCAUUUCCCCUAAGGGCUGCUAACUUCCUCCCGUGCCUUGGUCUGCGGGUCUCAUUCCCUCUGUGACUUUCAAAAUGUGAAAGACCAGAGUGCUUGUCUAUAAAGAUAUUAGGGAAGUGGGAGCUAAUGCCAGAAACAGUUUUCUUAUGUGAAGGUAGCUGCUAAAGGAGCGGAAGGCAGGAAGAAAGAAUAGAGUUAGUCAUGGCCCCCCAAAAGCUUUUUUCCCAAAUACGCAACCUUAAAGCCUCGUGCUCAACACAAAUUUUUUAAUAUAGAUAAACACGAAAAAAGGAAGAAUAAACACGAGUACCAAUCCUUUAUGUUGUGUUUUAGGAGCCCAGCUAUCCAUUACCAAGAAGAAAUCUAUUAGUUUAGACUGGGGACUUCCUUUACUAAAAAGUUAGAAUGAAAGAACCUUUGGAUGGUGAAUGUGGCCAAGCAAUGGCACCGCAGCAGGGCCUUCUGGAGAAAAUUAAAGAAGAACCUGACAAUGCUCAAAUGAAGAAACCAAAGCACAAAGCAGUCAAGCAGUUUAAUUACAGAUCACAGGUCAUAAAUGGCAAAGACUGGAUUCAAAUUCAGGUAGUCAGACUUCAGAGCAUGUGCUAUCUUGCUUCUAGAAUGAGGCUCUGCAAGAGUAUGGACAUUCCCCAAAGCCAAAAACUCAAGAAAGUGAACUGAAAAUUAGUGCUGUGUUCUCAGUCAGUGACAGUCCUCUUGCCCAACAGUUGACCCCAGGUUUCCAGUUUCCUCUUGCAUCACCUGGACCAAGUAGAUUGCUUUCUUCAGUUCCAGCCAUCGCUGUGCAGAUUGUUUGUUUUGGUUGUAAGACAAUGCUUUAUAAGGGGCAAACUGCGUAUCAUAAGACAGGAUCUACUCAGCUCUUUUGCUCCCUGCAGUGCAUCACCAGAUAUUCUUCACCUGUCGGCCUACCAUCAUCUGCUCCGAAGAAAACCUGCAUAAACUGCUCAAAAGACAUUUUAAAUCCAAAGAAUGUGAUCGCAACCGGAUCUGAAAAUUCCUCUCCUAGCAAAGAUUUCUGCAGCCAGUCAUGCCUUUCCUCUUAUGAGCUAAAGAAAAAACCUGUCGUCACCAUAUAUACCAAUAGCAUUUUGACGAAGUGCAGUGUGUGUCAGAAGAAUGCUGAUAUUCGAUUUGAAGUGAAGCAUCAAAAUGCAGUACAUUGUCUUUGUAGUGAUGCCUGUUUUUCAAAAUUUCAUUCUGCCAACAACCUCACCAUGAACUGUUGUGAGAAUUGUGGGAGCUACUGCUAUAGCAGCUCUGGCCCAUGCCAGUCCCAGAAGGUUUUUACCUCAACAAGCGUCACAGCAUACAAGCAGAAUUCAGCCCAAAUGCCUCCGUAUGCCUUGGGAAAAUCAUUGAGGCCCUCAGCUGAAAUGAUUGAGACUACGAAUGACUCAGGCAAAACUGAACUUUUCUGCUCUAUUAAUUGCUUAUCUGCUUACAGAGUUAAGACAGUUAUUUCUUCAGGUGUCCAGGUUUCGUGUCAUAGUUGUAAAACCUCAGCAGUCCCUCAGUAUCAUUUAGCUAUGUCCAGUGGAACUAUAUACAGCUUCUGCAGCUCCAGUUGUGUUGUGGCUUUCCAGAAUAUAUUUAACAAGCCAAAAGGAACAAACUCUUCAGCAGCGCCGCUGUCUCAGGGCCAAGUAAGCCCACCAUCCCAGUCAACAGCAUCAGCAGGAGGAGGUAACAUCUCUGGAGUUUCCCCCAGCCCCAUCACUGGCUCUGCUGCAGCCGGUCUUCAGCCUCUUGCUGCACACUCCCAGCAAGUUGCUUCAACCCAUGCAGUUGUUAAACUCAAGUGUCAGCAUUGUAACCAUCUGUUUGCCACAAAACCAGAGCUGCUUUUCUAUAAGGGUAAAAUGUUUCUGUUUUGUGGCAAGACUUGCUCUGAUGACUACAAAAAGAAAAAUAAAGUUAUAGCAAUGUGUGACUACUGUAAACUACAGAAAAUUAUAAAGGAGACUGUACGAUUCUCAGGGGUUGAUAAGCCAUUCUGUAGUGAAGUUUGCAAAUACCUUUCUGCUCGUGACUUUGGAGAACUGUGGGGAAACUACUGUAGGAUGUGCAGCUAUUGUUCACAGACAUCCUCUAAUUUGGUAGAAAAUCGGUUGGAGGGCAAGUUAGAAGAGUUUUGUUGUGAAGAUUGCAUGUCCAAAUACACAGUUCUGUUUUACCAGAUGGCCAAGUGUGAUGCUUGUAAACGACAGGGUAAGCUAAAUGAGUCCAUAAAAUGGCAAGGAAACAUCAAAUAUUUUUGUAAUCUAUUUUGUGUCUUGGAGUUUUGUCAUCAGCAAACUACAAAUGGCCCUGAUUCACAAAGUAAAGCAGUGAGUAUUUCUAAGGCACCAACUGCUUCAAUGGAGCUCCCUUCUGUCACGACAAAUACAACACCAGUUAUAACCUGUGUGGUGUCAUUAGCAGAAGUAUCUCCUGCCCAGUCCACAGGGAACACUAACAGUGGUUUAAAAGAUGCAGUUUUUACAGACGCAGCAAAGAUCAUCAAAGAUGGAAGUACACAGACAAAUGCCAUGAAACUUCAUUCUUCCCAGCCCUCCAGGCUUUUAAAGAACAAAGCUUUACUGUGCAAACCUGUCACACAGACCAAGGCCAUCUCUUGCAAACCGCACACCCAACACAAGGAAUGUCAGACAGAUUUACCUGUGCCUAAUGGGAAAAGUGAUGUGGAACUUGAUUCUCCACCUGCAAAAAAAAGAAAAAUAGGUUUUUUACAGACUUACGAUGCAGAAUACUUAAAGGUUGGUUUCCUUAUCUAUCCGGGAUCAAAAGCAAGUCCACCAAGGUCACAAUGUGUUAUUUGUGGAGAAAUCUUAUCUGCUGAAAACAUGAAGCCAGCAAAUCUUUCUCAUCAUUUAAAGACAAAACAUUCAGAAUUAGAAAACAAACCAGUAGACUUUUUUGAACAAAAAUCUCUUGAGAUGGAUUGUCAAAACAGUUCUUUUAAAAAAUGUUUACUAGUUGAAAAGUCACUUGUGAAAGCUUCUUAUUUAAUUGCUUUCCAAAUUGCUGCCAGCAAGAAGCCAUUCUCUACUGCCGAAGAGUUAAUUAAACCAUAUUUAGUAGAAAUGUGUUCAGAAGUUGUGAGUUCAAGUGCUGGAGACAAAAUGAAAACCAUUCCUCUCUCUAAUAACACAAUUGGACACAGGAUUGAUGAACUGUCUGCAGAUAUUGAAGAUCAGCUGAUUCAGAAAGUCAGAGAGUCAAAGUGGUUUGCCCUUCAGAUAGAUGAGUCUUCAGAAAUCUCAAAUAUCACCCUUCUUCUGUGCUAUGUUCGUUUCAUUGAUAAUGAUUGUAGUGAUAUAAAAGAAGAAUUAUUAUGUUGUAUUGAAAUGCCUUCUCAAGUAACUGGUAUUGAAAUAUUUGAACUAAUAAAUAAAUAUAUUGAUAGUAAAUCUCUGAAUUGGAAACACUGUGUUGGUCUCUGUACAGAUGGGGCUGCAAGCAUGACUGGCAGAUAUUCUGGUUUAAGGGCAAAAAUUCAAGAAGUUGCUAUGAAUACAGUGGCAUUUACACAUUGUUUUAUUCACCGUGAACAUUUAGCAGCAGAAAUGUUGUCUCCAUGCUUACAUGAAAUUCUUCUACAGUCAGCACAGAUUUUAAGUUUUAUAAAGACCAAUGCAUUGAAUUCACGUAUGUUAACAAUUUUGUGUGAAGAAAUGGAGUCUGAGCGUGUAAAUUUACCACUUCCUGCUGAAGUACGAUGGAUAUCGAGAGGGAGAGUUUUAACAAGAUUAUUUGAAUUACGACAUGAAAUUGAAAUUUUUUUAAAUCAAAAGCAUUCAGAUUUGGCCAGUUACUUUCUUGAUGAGGAAUGGGUUGCCAGGCUGGCCUAUUUAUCAGAUAUUUUUUCACUUAUAAAUGAACUAAAUUUAAGUCUCCAAGGAACUAUGACCACAGUCUUCAGUUUGUAUAAUAAAAUGGAUAUAUUUAAGGAAAAGUUAAAGAUGUGGUUGAAGCGCACACAAGAGAAUGAUUAUGAUAUGUUCCCUUCAUUUUCUGAAUUCUCAAACUCAUCAAGCUUAAAUAUGAGAAGCAUUGCAGGCAUUGUUUUUGAUCACCUGGAAGGACUUUCUCGAAUGUUCAAUGACUGUUAUCCACCAGAAGAAGACUUGCGUUCAGGAAAUUUGUGGAUAGUUAAUCCUUUUAUGAAUCACCAGGAUAGUAAUCUCAAGGAUUUUGAAGAAGAAAAACUAGCAAAGUUAUCUUCAGAUUUAGGAUUACAAUCAGUAUUUAAAUCAAUGUCUGUAACUCAGUUUUGGAUAAAAGCAAAGACAAGUUACCCAGAACUCCAUGAAAGAGCAAUGACAUUUUUAUUGCCUUUUUCAACUGUUUAUUUAUGUGAUGCUACAUUUUCAGCUUUGACUGAGUCAAAACAAAGAAAUCUGUUGGUCUCUGGCCCUGCUCUAAGACUUGCGGUCACAUCUUUAAUUCCAAGGAUAGAAAAAUUAGUAAAGGAGAAAGAAUAGUGAAUGUAUAUUGCUUAUCAGAUUCUAUAAUUGUGUUAAAUUUUGUAUAAGUAUCCUAAAAUAUAAUUUCUUAAUGUGGAUAUGUGUUUUCAGUGAUUAAAUACUUUAAUAAUUUUUCUCUUUUUGUUGAGGAAUUUAAUCAUUGUGCAUUUAUACAUAAUAGUUUAUAAUUUUAAGAGUCCACCGUAGAGAAUUUAGCUGUUUCAUUGAGUGAUUGAAUAAUUUGGAUUAGUGACCAAGAUGUAGUUAAUGAAAGGCCUAAUUUAUAAUGUAACAGAUAGCACACCUGGAUGUUGAAACUGCUUAGCCUUUAGAAGCACCUGGGACAUGUUAGUCUGCAGCCAGCCUGCCUCCUUCUGCAACAGGUUGAGGGUAGGUAG